UCCAAAGUUGACGUCAUUCACAUCCCAGCUGUUUGUUACCAUUUUGUUACCGUUUUACAUUAUUAGUGAAUAUUAACAAUGAAUAAGAUGCCAUUGAAGGAUUUGGCGCCCAUCGCCAUACCGCAUGGGCCUCCGGUGGAGUGCGCCGAGGAGUACUACAAUUCGCUGAUGCAGAGCUCCAUGAUUGUGAAAAAAUACCCAGUAUGGGACGUGGCGCGCCCAACCCCACAAGUCCUGAUGGAACAAGCGAGGAGGGAUCUGAUGGAGGCGGAGGAAAAGCUAGCCGAGAAGCGAGAGGAGGAGGCUCGCAAUCGCGCCGCCAUGGACAUCAAGUGGGGAGAGCUGCGCGCUAAGGAACUGCUGCUGAAGGAAUCCUUCAUUAGCUUUAACAAGUUCAUUCGAGAGAAUCAAGAGAAGCGCGACCGCGCCGAGCGCAAGAUGGUCGCCGACGAAGAGGCGCUCGAGCGCAAGACGCGCGAAACAGAGGCCAUGCGCAAGCGCGUGGAAGAGAUGGAUGAAGUCAGGCUCAUGAUGGAGAAGCAGGUCAAGGACUACACCAUCUAUGAGGAUUACUUGAUGUCAGUUGUGAGGAACUAUCCAGAAUUCAAGCAACCUCUGGAUGUUCUCAAUCGAUAUGAAGCGUUAGCCGCUGCAAAAAGUACACUAGCCGAUCGACAAGAGCACGAUCUCGAGGUGCUGGAAGACGCGAGGAAGGAGAUAGCAUCGCUCACCGAGGAGAAGAAAUUGUUCAUCAUGGGGCUGAACAACAAGCUUGCAAACCUGAGGUGGGAAUACGACCAAGUGCGCAACCGCGUCAUAAAAUGGGAGCUGGCCCUGCACCGUCUGAAGGAAACGGCGGCGAGGCGUCACGUCGAGCUGUGCCACGUCAAGGCUGCCAUAUACAGCCUCUACAUCAAGAUCUGCAAGAACAAGGGGCUUUCUAUUGAGGUGAAGCCCCACGAUUUUGAGCAGCAGUUGGUUGUGAUCAUGCGAGCGUUGCUGGAGCUGAAGAGGAUCCUAAGAAUCGCAGCCAAGCGCUCUAAGGAAAAGGGUGAUGCAGAGUCCGCGCGCCAGUCUGCUAACUAGUUUAACUGAUUU